GCCGCCUUGGACGAGACUGCAAUGUUCCAGUUUUUGAAACACACGGACACAGCAUUCAUUCACAAUGAUUUAUUUUUCAGGGCUUGUUGUCUGUCUGCUGGUGCUGACAGCUGAGGCUAAAUCUGGAUCUGGCUCUAAGGCUUUCUGUGCUGAUGCACAGCAGUGCUUAGUGUAUAAUGUGACCUGUAACACAGAUGAUUAUGAGGUGCGUAGCUAUGAAUCUGUCAAAGUAGCUGCAACAAUAGUGAAAGCCUCAACCCUGGAAAAGGCACAGAUGAUUGGAUACUCACGAUUACUUGCCUAUUUUAACGGUUCCAAUGACAUGGGAGUAUGCAUGGACCCAGUAGCUCCUGCUCUUGUGAGAGUACCUCACAAGAAAGACUCUGACUACUUCAUACAGUUAGCACUCCCAUCUGAAUAUCAGGGAGAGCCCCCCAUUCCAAAUGAUGAUUUGGUGUUUUUCAUACAGUCAAUACCCGCAACAUAUUAUAUAAGGGGAUAUCAUGGAAAGAAAACAGGCGAAAAUGACCAAAAGGAAAGUAAGAGUCUGUCUCAUGACCUUGACUCUGCUGGUGCAAGCUACAUUAAGGAAUACCAUGUUUCUGCUAUAUACAACAAGCCAGGGCCAGAAGGAAACAUGUACAAUGAGGUGGCGUUUCUUGUUAUGGGUGAGCCUGUGUGUGAGGAUUGAACAUGGGAGUCCUGCAAGUACAACAUAAAUGAUCAGCUGUGGUAGCUGGGAUUUUUGUUUCACUACUGCUUCAAGUCAUUAUGUGUCUUAUACAUAACCUUCCAGUGACAACCCAAAUAAAUAACUUCAUAUGGACCAAAUAUACCACAGUGAUGAUGAUUUUAAACCAGUUUGUUUGAUGGUUUCCUGUCCAAUAAAGUUACCUUUCAAUGGUCA